CGGAGCCUGCAGGUUUACAGGAAAUCGCCGAAUCAGGAAGUUAAACUUUUAGUGGAGAUUUUUUUAGUUAUCUAACAAAAAUUGUGGACAUUCACUGAGUCGGGACGCACAACUAUCAGAUAACAGGUGUGGCCGAUUGCAGGAGCCCUGGUAAAGGCCAUGAACCGUGUCCCCCUUCAUCAGCCACAGAGCUGUGGGCCCUGGGAACUGAAGGAGCGUUUGGGCACGGGGGGCUUUGGGAAUGUCACCAGAUGGCAAAAUAAGGAUACAGAAGAACAGAUUGCAAUCAAACAGUGCCGCCAAGAGCUGAGUGAGCGAAACAAAGAGAGAUGGUGUCUGGAGAUCCAGAUCAUGAAGAGGUUGGAUCAUGUCAACGUGGUGGCAGCGAGGGAGGUUCCCGAAGGGAUGCAAAAACUUGUGGCUACCAACGACCUGCCGCUGCUGGCCAUGGAAUACUGCCAAGGAGGGGAUCUGAGAAAGUAUCUGAACCUCUUGGAGAACUGCUGUGGAAUGCGCGAGGGCUCCGUUUUGAUUCUGUUGUGCGACAUUUCCUCCGCUCUGACCUACCUCCACAAGAAGCGGAUCAUCCACCGAGAUUUGAAACCUGAAAACAUUGUACUGCAGCAGGGAGAGAAGCGAGUGAGUUCAAACGUCCCCCUCGCCCAUGUCACAUACGCCCAAAGCAGAAGGACGAGGUCAGAUUUUCGCCUUUUGCCAUCUUUGGCCUUUUGUUUCGACAGAUUUUCCACUACAAGCCUUAGUUUGACUUUACCCAAAGUGAGUGAACUUGAGGAGGAGAUGAUGCACCUGCAACAAGACAUUCUGGACGUUCAGCGUCAGCCAUGGAGGAGUGGAGAGGCUCUGGACACACUUGAAGGGAAAGCCAUGGAAAUGGUGCGCAAGCUGAGAGAGAAACCGAAAGAGCAGCGUUGCUCUGGGGAUGGUCAGGAAAUCUUGCGUCUGGUGGUUCAGGCGAUGCAGUUCUAUGAGAGGAAGCUACGAGACUUCUACACACACCUCAGUCUUUUAGCGGAGAAGCUGGAGAGAUGGCUGCGGCUGAUGCUCAAGUGGUCUCCACAAGAGCCGCCCAUGGUUCAGGUUUUGAACAUGACCACAGCCAAGAUCCUGAGGUAUGCAGUCACAGAUGAGGAGACGGUGGCCGAGCUGCAAAAGAGAAUCGAGGAGGACACAAGCAUCCCCGCAGCCAAGCAGGAGUUGCUGCUUGAGGCCGGUUUAGCCUUGGAGCCUCACGGGUUGGCCACGCAGUGCGCCAUCGAUUACACCGAAAUAGAUGGCCGGCGGACAGACUUCCCUCUCAUUUUCCUGUUUGAUCGCUCAUCUUGUAGUUACGAACCACCAUUGACUCCUCGCUCUCUCCCUGAAAACAUCUGUUUUGUCCAAAAGGACCCAAAACACGUUUUGCCUUACAGCCCUCUGAGGCGAACAUGUGCCCAGGCGUGGCACACAAUCCGCUCCCUGAAGGAGGACUGGCAGCGACUGCAGCAGGGACAGAAAGCAGCCAUCAUGAGCUUGCUGAGACACAACUCAUCCCUGUCCAAGCAGAAGAACGAGAUGGUGUCCAUGCAUCAGAGACUCAUGGCCAAGCUGGACUUCUUCACUACCAGCCUUCACACUUGCAAAAAAAUUGAAAUGUGGAAUCAAUUUCAUUCUUUAGCUUCAGAGAAACUGCUGGGAGUGUGGAGGGAAAUGGAGCAGACUGCCGGCAGCUGCGGUCAGCCCAAAGUGAGUGAACUUGAGGAGGAGAUGAUGCACCUGCAACAAGACAUUCUGGACGUUCAGCGUCAGCCAUGGAGGAGUGGAGAGGCUCUGGACACACUUGAAGGGAAAGCCAUGGAAAUGGUGCGCAAGCUGAGAGAGAAACCGAAAGAGCAGCGUUGCUCUGGGGAUGGUCAGGAAAUCUUGCGUCUGGUGGUUCAGGCGAUGCAGUUCUAUGAGAGGAAGCUACGAGACUUCUACACACACCUCAGUAAGACGGGUGUUUGUCGCCAGCGCGUCAUGGAGCUGCUGCCGAAGGUGGAAGGCGUUGUGCAGGAGAUGGCUGAGAGCGAACAAGUCCUGAUGGGUCUGCAGGAGAAGCGCCAAAGGGAGCUGUGGAAUCUCCUCAAAGUUGCCUGUAGUAAGGUUCGAAGCCCGGUAAGCGGGAGUCCCGAUGGAUCUCGGACGCCUUCUUCAGUACCUCCUCUGAUGACCCCCCGACACAGUUUACAGCAGUUGGAUGAGUCUCUGGUUGAGGAGAGCAGGACCUUUGAGAGUCGACUGCAAAGUUUGCUGCAUGACACCAUUCAGGAGUCCGAGAGCAGCAUGGAGAUGCUGAGGGAAUGGACGUGGCUGCAAGGGAGCAACAGUUUCUCCAGAGAUCUUUCCUAGUUUAACGUCCACUUGGUGCCACCGUGUAGAAACCAGGACAAAACAUAUGUUUGUGCACACUUCGAAGGGGAACAGCAAAUCCUCAAUGAUUCCACAGCUUUGGAAGUUGUUGAUGUUAGACCGCAGAUCAAAGAUGUACACUGUGAUUAUGACAAUGUUUGCGGAGGGUGUCUUGCUCAUUUUUUUUCGUCCUCAACAAACGGCACUUGGCCUCAUUAGGGUCGCGGGUGAGCUGGACCUUAUCCCAGUUGACUUUUGGUGAGAUGCGGGAUAUUGCUUGGAUUGAUUGCAAGACAGUUCUUUUAACCAAUCAUCCUACACCAAUAUAACCUCACUUCAGACUCAGAGCUGUUUGUUCUCAGCCAUCCAGAUUAUGGGAAUCUGACCUUUUUAACUGCAUGUUGAGGUGCACCGGAUGAAGUGUACAGAGAUUGUCACAAAAGUAUUGUAGCAUCAUUCAGUGUCACAGUAGAAUAACAAUAACAAAGCAGGGGUGGGCAAAGUAUGGCCUGUGGGCCACCUACGGCCCACUACAUUUUUUUAACCUAUCCGAUCAAGCUUUUACGUUAUUAAGAAUCCUGUACUUUCUGUUGUAUUCAUUUAGCCUGUUUUGAAAAGUUGUUCAUGAAACUGUAAGUCAAUUUUAAUUUGAAAUAUUUUCAAUCCACGUAGCUCGUUAAAUAAUUAUUUAAAGAUUUUUCUUCGAUAAUAAACUAAGGCCCACCUCAAACCAACAACUGAACUAACUGGACAGUCGAGAAAAAAAAAAAAACAGUCUGCGACUCUCCUAAUCCUGCCAUGCAUAAUUAACUCACUUCAACGGGAAAAUUUAAUUGUCCUGACCGCUGUAACUGUAAUAUGGACAAAAGUAAAAGAAGAGACUGGAGACAUUUGCACGACAAAGAGACUCAACGCUUUGCUAUUGAAUCGUCACGUGCAUAUGAAAUUAUAAAUGUCGUUAAGUAUUAUUGUAAACCACAAGACAUAUACUGGAUAUUCUGUAUUGAUAUGCUUCGAGUGGCCAGCUGCAUGUCACUUCUACCCAAAAGCACAAUUUUUGAUGUGAAAUCUCGAGGGCAUUUCAGUGACAAGAGGCCUCCAUGCUUAACGUUUUAGCUGCAGGUACAUAUGAAAUUACAAACAUGGUUAAGUAUUAUUGUAAAGCACAACAUAAAUGAUAUACUGUAUAAUAUACAGUAUAUCAUUUACUAUUUACUAUAUAGUGUAUAAACUUCAUUAAUACAGCUUGGCGGACCUUCCUUAAUACCUGUAAAAUGUCAUUUUUCUUGUGAAAGGUCAUGUGAUAGGACAUUUUUGAUUUGAUUUGCGACACUGUUCACUGACGAUAGUUGCCAAACCCUUAGCUAAUGGUCAAACAGGCAUGAAAAGUAGUCACUGAGCACGACGGUACAUUACGUGAUAUUUUAGUCUGGUUUUUGAUUGUUAAAACUCUGUUGCAGAUUUAACUUUUUUAACUCCAUCCACGAAUGACCUGGUCCAAUUGUCUGUGUUAACAAAUCACACGUUGUUGCCUGUAGCACAAAAGUUUGCACACGGUUUUUAAUGCGGCAUUUUCUCCAUUAAGACAUAAAGUAAAAUUUUGAACUAAAACAGGAUCAGAUUAGGGGCACUUCUCAUCCAUUCCACAACUUCCUUGAUGUCAAAAGAUGUACUGCCUGGCUAUUUUUUAAUGUGUUUCUCUCCAUCUAUUGAUACUGAAGCGAAGGGAGGUGUUAAUAUAUUGCCACUGGGCUGCAAUUUCAUCGUGCCGUUAAAACUGCAAUAAUGACAUGUUAAGAGAGUGAUAUUUUGAAUUUUACACCUGUUUUUUUAUUAUUGAUGUCAUGAUAUAUAAUGGCACAAAAGUACGUAUUCAUCAUUGUGUUGUCAUUUUUUUAUUCCACUGCUUAAAUAAAAGUCAGUCUGAGGUUA